AAGUGCUCCGUUCGAGAAGAAAACUUCUCAAGCUAACUAGCCACGAAUUAUCUAUGAUCCUCGAAUAAUUCAUGACAGGCUUAUCGUCGACGUAGCCUGUUACUUGCUCGUUAACACAUUCCCUAUGUAAUCCGAUAUUGCGGUUGUGUGCAUGAAUGACGCGCGUCAUUGACGAAAAUCACCCUCAUUUUUCUCAUGCCCCAUCCCGUGUUCUUAUGUCAUCGUUGAAUGAAAGAGAAUUGCGCUUUACGUAAUUCUUCCAAGGAAUUGGAUGAAACAUAUCAGUGAACAAUUCUUGUAAAUGACCUCAUGGUCUGCCACGAUGUCGUCGAUAUUACUACUGAAUUGUGUUCUAGCGACAUGGCUGUUCGUCACGAUAGGAGCGAUUACCGUAUCCAUAGAUCGCUCUGACAUUAAUAAAACCCCACCAACACGAUCGUCCAUGAUCGCGAAUGGAUGGCGACCUCUGACCAAUUCCUACGAGGAAACGAUCGGCACCAACGUGUCGCCGUCGAGUCAGCUAGAGAAAAAUGUCCAGGUGCAUCCCGUUCUGAGCAAGUUUCAAGAACAUAUGGCGACUUCGGAAAAACUGAAGCCGUUACGCAAGGGCAAGCCGCCGAUUCAGGAAUACAGUCCUCCGAGUAUACUCGGUAGUUUCACGGUGUUCGGACACGCGGCAACGAAGGCGCGUGGCGAAACCAAGACGCCGAGCAAGCACGUGGCCACGGAAACCCGGGAGUACACGUUCCUGAUACCACCGCCCAAGGACGCGUACCGGUUCGAGGUCAACCAACACCGCAAGCCGAUCGUGCGCGAGAAUGGCAGCUACUUACCAAGGCAGCCGCCGCAGGCAGCCUACCUCACGCAGCAGAAUGUCCAUCAGCAACCGCUGGAUAGCGUACGCGCGGCGACCUAUUUUAUUAAAGGUUUCCCGAAUAACCGCCCUUACGUUCCGCCAUUCGCCAUGCCGCAGGCGUUGCAGCCGCCUCGCCAACCUGAGAAACAGUUUGAAUCGUUGAAGGUCGCUAACAGCGCGAAACCAUACUUCCAACCGCCUGGCGCAGAGGCCCCGGGGGACUUUGGCAAGCAAAAGAUCGCCGGCAACGAUGGCGAUAUUUAUAACAGAUAUCAAGCGCAGUCUCACACGCAGAUAUUAAACUCGGCGAACACCGGCAACUUCUACAGCCAAGUGAAUCACCCCUCGAAUCAUUAUAAGCCCUCUUACGAGCGAGAUCCUGCCUUCUUGGUGCACGAGAGUCACGAGGUUAGUUACGUAACUCCUCCCGGCACAUACAGUAUGUACAGCUUCCGACCCUCGUUACCAUACGAAACUCUGCUGCCGCCUUCAAUCUAUUCACCCUCGUCAACGCCACCGACCACUACCGCUGUUACGCGGAAUCCCAGCAAAUUCGACCAAACUAACGACGCGGCUCGGGAGAACAAUUAUAAUAAUAAGCGUCCGAAUCAGAGCACGCGUAACAAGCAAGAGAAAGGACGAACCGAAUUACCUAAUCCCAGAACUACAAGCGCUUAUUAUGUGCCGGAGCAUCAGGGACUUACACCGCCCACGUGGCCGAAGAGCAAAUACGAGUCUGACAUCAACGAAGUUCUGCCGAAAGAGAAUCCACCGAGCAAGUUCAGUCAAGAAGUCGUGAACCAGAAUCAGAUUACUCAAGGCUCGAAGAUCGUGUACCAUAGACCGCAAAGCUCCUUCGAUCCAGUUGAGGUUUACCCACCAACUCCGAUACCGGAUUACGAGACACCAGAGAGCAUCUCUCUGAAGCAUUUCAAUGAGCAACAGUAUCUGCUGCAGCAACAGUUGCUGCUGCGCGAUCGACAGAGACUGGCGGAACAGGAUCGGCAACAGAAACUGGAGAUUGAACGGCAGCAGCAGGCGGAGCUGAAGAAACAGCAGGAAGAGCUUAAUCAGCUCUCGCAACGGGAGAAGGAGGAAGAAGAGGCGGCUAGACUUGCAGCGGAGUCCGCGAAAAAUCAGUCGCAGGAGAUUGUAAAGAUCUCAAGUGACAUGCCAUACACGAUUCAAUUGGAGCAAUUCGAACCGCAGGUCACUACAGUUGGAAAUAUUCUAGUAUCGCAGCCUGAUAUUUAUAACAUCGAUCAGUUGGGACUUCAACCUCAGAUAUCCCAGAUCCCGGAGAACCAGGUGAAUCAGAAUUAUCCAUAUCAGCAGCAUUAUCAGAAUGGGUAUCAGGAGCAACAGGUCAAUUAUCGUGAGCCCCAAACUGGGACGCGACCGUACCGUCCGCAGAAACCGUCACGUGCUCCGCAACGCCGCAAAAAGCCAACGAGUAUCACGCACGAGCUCUCACCGACGGAGCCGCCGAGUCAACCGCCGGAAACCGCCACUCCCUUGACUAUAUACGCGGAAGAUGUGCCGAUUCAGACGACGGUGGCACCGGAAGUGCAAACGGUGCCGGUGGUGACGACGCAGAGAUCCAGAACUCGUCGUCCGGUUGCGCCAGGUCGCCGAAGGAAGCCGACGACGACCACGCAGGAGCCUCUCACGACAUCUUACCAGGAGGAAGACUUCCUCAAGUAUAAUAGCGAGGACGUGCAGCAUAAUCAGCACGACUCUGCGCGAAGAAGGCGAAUAAAACCCAGCCAGGCGAAUUACAACGAGGACGUGGAGAAAAGAGGUAAUGUCAGAAAACGACCUGGUCAUCGUACGAAAGUGAGCCACGACGAGUCGUACGACACGCAGAUCGUCACGGAGAACGCGCACGUCUCCCUAAAUUCUUACGGACAAACCACGGAGUCCGCGCCGAGCUACGAUGAGAACAAUCAGUUCGCGACGAAUCAGCCAAGCGUUUCGUACGAAACGAGCCAGCCGAUUAAUCAGUAUUACGACUACUCCUCACGGCAAAAUGAGGGAUAUCGCGAGAACCAACGUGAGGAACAUCGUGAAGAGAGCAUUGUGCCGGAACAAGUGCCGGAGUACUUGACGGAAAUCAGCCGUGGCAAGGUCGAAGAUUACAACGCCGAUACUCGCCAGCAGAACGUUAACAUCGUCACCGCUAUACCGCUGGAGGAGCUCUACGUGAAGACCGACGGUAAUUAUUUCGAUCGCGCGACCACAGACGUGACAACCGCGUCGACGACAACGACGUCAACGACAACGACCACCCCGCAACCGGCAACGCAAACUCCUCAAAUCGCCACCUCUACAUCGAGGUCUCACAAGAUUGGUCGCCCGUUGAGAUACGGCAAUGCCACUAGACCACGUUUCAGCAUCAAGGAUUACAAGAGCCGCAUGGAUUACAAGAACAGACUAUCGCAAAGCUCUACGACGGAGGUGGUGCCGACACCAUCCAGCGAAGCUUUAACGCGCGGUCCUCACAACAGACAGAGAACGUCGAACGCGAAGAACCAACAAACACAGCUGACGGGCGACGCUGUGCGGGAGACCACCGGCAGGUACAAAUAUGUUUCCAGGAUAAACUAUCGAACCACUACGUCAUCCCCCGCAGCUGCAAGGGAUCACGAACGAUACUCGGAAGAGAGCGCGUCUUCGACUGAAAAGAACAACAGGUUUAUACCGAAGAGGCGGCCGAUCAGUGGCAAUGUCUACCGAAGUAGAAUUGCCUCUACGACGACCAGUCCUACGCGAUCUCAGAUCAGCAACGAGGCGAAUAUCAGGCAGAGCUCGACGCGACCCGAAAACGUGUAUUCGUCGUCGAUACGCAGGCGGCCGAUCGUGAAGAACAGGCUGCAGAAGGAGAACAGCGCGGUCGCGAAUAGCAAACGGCAGGAAGAAUCUACGGAGAUGGCUGCUGAGGAAACCAAUUUCUACUCGACUGCUUCGUCGACUAAUCGUUUUGUGGGCAACGAGAUCGUCAGCGAGAAGGUAGAGGCGGCGUCGCUUGACGACCAUUCGGCGAAAUUCGGUGUGCAGGAGGACAAAAACCAAGGAGAAGCUGUUUCGCAGAAUGAGGAGACAAAAGCGGCGCCAACCGACGCGGCAUUGAUCGAAAACGAUCACGGACGGAUUUCGAGUGAUGCGACCGAGCAGACGAGUCGGGUCGAGGAGCCGGAAAUCUCCACGACGGCCGGAAGCGAGAGCGACGCGGCGCAAGAGGGACAGCCGGAAGCUAAGGAGGAAGCUACGACGAAGUUCGAUGUACAAUCCGAGGAGGAACUAUUCGCCAAGGCGUCGCAGAGCGUGGCGGACCUGACGAGCUCCGCCUCCGCUCUGUACGACAAGCCGGGCAUGUUCAAAGCAGUCUCGCCGGAAAGCAGACUCGUUUCGUCGCAGUUCAAGAUCAACACGGACGAACCGACGUUACCUAUCGAGGCUUUUUUCCAGGAGCUCUCGAAGAAGAACUGAUGACUCGCGAUAAAAAAAUCUCUCUGCCGCGAGCAAACUGUCGUCGAAUCCACGUCGUAGCACACGCGAUCGACAAUUCCGUGCUUUGAGAAGCAAUGGAAAACCGUAGGGGGAUUUGUGAGCUUCCUUCGAGAAACGUCCAGGAUUUAUUUUCGAUAAUACCUGAUUUCGUAGAAGGAUUUUCUUUAACCCUGUAAUCGGUAUUCGCGGAUUCAGUGUGCCUUAAACCAAUGUAUUUUUAUUCAAUGUUAGUAAUUAAAGUUAGCAAUUAAAGAAUACUUUUUUUCAUUUUGGAGGCCAAUGUCCGAGAAAUAUGAUUAUGUAACUUAAAACUAUGUAAAGUUGUGAAAAACGUUUCUGACAACGUAAAUAUAAAUUAAAGAAACUUAAUUUAAUUUAAUGUACACUGUACUCAAUUAAGGAAAUUUCCGAACAAACCGAUUAGGGUUAAAAGAGAAUCUAAAAAUAUUACGUCGGGAAAAAAGUCUACAGAUUUCUCGAGAUAUUCUAUUACUGGCCUUUACGUUAAACGUAGAAAGUUUCGAGAGACUGCAGAAAUUUAUACUUUAUAUGCAUCGUAGUUUUACGUACUUAAUUCCUUCUAAAUUAUUGUCAUCGCGUCGUCAUUUCCGUUGUAGAAAAUUAAAACGCUUGGAACGCAUCGAGCGUUUCUAACACAUUAUCAUCAUUUCGAAUAUACUUUCCUACAUAUGUUAGAACAACAAAGAGAUAUUAAUUAAGCGUCAUAGCGAAAAGGAUCUGAGAAGAAGCACUGCUGUUCGAUAAAGCUCACAGUGGAACAGCCACGCUUUUUCUUGUGCUGGGAAAAAAGCUCGACAGAAUAUAGCGUGUGUAAUUGUAAAAAAGCAAAUUACUCGAUCCACUCGUGUCCUAUAAAAUCCUUCGUAUACGUUCUUUUUAUAUCUUUACAUUAGAUUACUCGCGAAAAGAAAUACAAAAGCAAAUUUCGUGAAUCAAGCACGAUAUAAUCAUUGGGGACGCUUUAUUAGUGUAAGCAUGCGAAUCAUCCUACUAUGUAUUUAUUUAAGAGAUCAUUCCCUAAAUCAUUUCUCGUCAUGACAUCGAAAUAAAGAAACUAUCGAAUGCUACGAGAUAUUGUAAAUAUAAGUGCGUAGUAUAUGUAGAACUUUCAAUACUCUAUUCUCAGCACCUAGAUUUUGUAACUUUUAACGACGAUGUCGUUGCACAACUUUUUUACUAUAUAUUCUACUUUGCGUAUAACGACACUAUCUUUAAUAGUUGCAGAAUCUAACUUCUGGGCAAAAAAUCAAUUUCGAAUU